UCGAAAUUGAUCUCUCUUGUCAAACUCUCCACUAAUUACACUACAAUGAGUACAACCCCUCCAAAACCCUCCACUAACAAAACCCUCCCAAUCUCCGCUACCCCCUAAACUACACCAUCCUCCUCCCUUUCGCUUCGAUUUCGGCUUCAUUCCACUACCGUUCAGGUACCUCCAUCGUAAGAUUUCUCAAAUUCUAGGGUUUCUUAUGGUUUCUUUCAAAACCUAGGAAUUUCUGUGUUGGCGUGUGAGAGAGAGAUAAGAGAGUUGGGGUGGUCUUAGAGCAUCUGAUUUCAAUGGAAGCGUCAGCCGGAGUCGCGGCCUCAGCCGCUACUCGUGGUGGCUCUCUCUCGAUGCAGCCACCACCAUCGUCAACGUCUUCAUCCCGGAAAGAGUGGCGAGCAGUUUCGGAACAUCGAAAAGCUGGGGACGAGGAGCUGGAACGAUUGAAGUUAGGGCAAACGGAUGAGAGAACUAUAUAUGAGGUGCAGCUGGGACGAGAGCCACUUGAUGUCGACUUUUGUUCAAUCACAGUGGACGAUAGCUUAGAUGAUGACCUUUUGCUGCAGAGACUUCAUAAUGUUGCUAGACAAAGAGAGGAAUUGCAACGGACGGAGAUUGACUUCAGAGCCCAAAUAAUUGCAAGAUCUGAGAUAAUGGAAAUGCAAAGCAACUUUGAUGCACAGAUCAAGGAACAUGCUAAUGCUGCUACAAAGCUUCAGGAGCAAUUGCAUGAAAGGGAACAUGCCAUACACGAGUUGGAAAGGAAGAUGGAAGAGAAGGAUAGGGAGCUUCGUGCAAUUAAAUUGGACAAUGAAGUGGCAUGGGCUAAAGAGGAUCUCCUCAGAGAAAAAGACAAGGAGCUAUCAUCCUUAAGAAGAGAGCGUGAUCAUUCUGAGGCUGAAAGAGCCCAACAUAUAAAACAGAUACAUGAUCUUCAAGAACAUAUUCAAGAAAAAGAGAGGCAGCUUAUUGAGUUGCAGGACCAGCAUAGGGCUGCUCAAGAAAAUAUUAUUUAUAAAGAUGAACAAUUGAGGGAAGCCCAAGCGUGGAUUGCUCGUGUUCAGGAGAUGGAUGUCUUGCAAUCAACUACGAACCAUUCGUUACAAGCUGAAUUGCGAGAACGUACUGAACAAUACAACCAGCUGUGGCUUGGUUGUCAAAGACAGUUUGCAGAGAUGGAAAGACACCAUCUGCAUACAAUGCAACAGCUCCAACUUGAGCUGGCUGAUGCACGAGAAAGGAGUGGGACGUACAGUGAUGAGCCAGGUUUAUCCCAAACAAAGUCAAAGGAUGUGUCUCAGUUUGACCAAAGCAAUGGAAUUCAACUAGAUGCAAAUGGAGGUGGCACAUUGAGUGGAAAUUCUGCGGUCCUUCCAAAUGGGAAUUCAGGCAAUGUUUCAUCCUUUGCUUCAACUGGCAAUUCAUCUACUCAGACCGACCAUGUGCCAAGUGUUCCGCUAGCUCCAUCUUCUCUGCUUGGAAUGCCUACCUAUCUUCCACCUGGACAAGUGGCUGCAUUACAUCCAUAUGCCAUGCAUCAACACGGGCCUCCUCAGUCUUUGACUUCACAUGUUCCUCCAUCUCAUAUUGGACACUUUCACUCAAUACCAGCAAUGGGUUCCCUUCAACAGUGGCAGAACCCACAGGCUGUAUCGGAGGGUUCACAGAUAUCUACACAUAGCGAACUUCCACCAUCCCAAACUGAUCAAAAUCUAAUAAGGUCAGAUGUGAACUACAACUAUGAAAUGUCUGUUAAUGGACAACCUCUUCAUCAAGACUAUCUGGAAGUUCACAUCAGCCAAGUGGCACGACCUGAUUCUGGAAUCUCGUCAUCUUCUGGGGAAGCAAAGGCUCUUGAAUCAAUUGACGGAGGAUUCCUCAUUGCCACCCAACCUGAGCAGAGCCUGCAACAAAUUUCUUCCCAAUUCCAUGAUGCCUUAAAAUUGGAUAAUUUAGACCGAAACAGUGAAAACAAGGAGCGGAAUGCCAUAAGUUUGACUACUCAUGGGCUGGAGGGCCAACUUUCAACAGCUGAAGAACCAAAUUCUGUCGCCAACCCAUUGGCAUCUGAUGCUUCAAUCCAUUCUGUUAAUCUCAGUGAAACUACAGUAAACAAUGCCGCCAGUGCAGCUUUGCCUGAAUCGAUUGUCUCAAUUGAUCAGGCAAAUGCACCAACAGGGGGAAAGGCUUCAGAGCCUACUCUUCUUGAUGAAAGAUCACUGUUGGCUUGCGUAGUUCGCACAAUUCCUGCUGGUGGUCGAAUUCGGAUUAGUUCAACGCUACCAAAUAGGCUGGGCAAGAUGCUUGCACCUUUACACUGGCAUGAUUAUAAGAAAAAAUAUGGAAAGCUUGAUGACUUUGUGGUCAGUCACCCCGAGCUGUUUGUGAUUGAAGGCGACUACAUUCAGCUUCGAGAAGGAGCACAAGAAAUGAUAGCAGCUGAAGCAGCUGUUGCCAAAGUUGCUGCGGCAGCUGCAGCAUCAUCUCCUCACUCCUCAUUUUUGCCUUCAAUGGCUGUCACUCCAGUGGCACAAUCUCAUCGAUUGAGAAAGGUUCCAUCCAUUGAGUCCAAAAAUUUAAGAACUGACAGGACAGUCUCUUCAAAUUCAAGUGACGAUCCAUCACAGAGAGCUGUGAUGCAGAAUCAACAAUCGAAUGGUGUUGGUUUUGGUCUUUCUAGAGGUCCCUCAAAUAUAAAAAUUUUGAGCAAACCUAAAGAUCCUCCGGAAAUGAAUGGGCCUGAGAAUAAGGCUGUGCAGUCUCCAUUUGUGCCGGUUGGGAAUGGAUCAAAUCUUAAUAGAACAAGUUUGAAUGGUACCCAAAGCACAGGCCCAGCUAAUGGGAGAGCUAGCGUGAAUUUUGUUGGAAAACAGCAGGGAAGAAUGACUGGUGCUGUAUUUUCAUCCAGAAGAUAGUACGGACACAUUGUAUUUUUGGUGACAUUGGAAUCAAGUGGAUAAUGUCAUGACCAGGAAUAUGCACAGCACUGCAGAUAGGGAUGUUGGAGGAUGCUUACAGGAUUUGCACAAGAAUUGUAUUUUCGCUGAUUGAAUUGUCAGCGCUCAUUUCUUAUAGAGGCUCUGAUUGGAAUUAUUAUCGUUUCUUUGGUUGGGCUUUGAUUUAAUUUUUUUUUAUUUUCUUUGUUGGAAUUACAAUAUACUUUUGAGGGUUUUUGCUCUCGCGAAACUCAACUCUGCCCUUGGCAAUGAUAUUCAUGCUUGCCAUUGCAUCUCUUAAUCUGAUA